GGGUGGAAGUAGUGCUGUAAUCAAGUUCGCGCAAGAGAGUAGAUGACAGUCAGUAGCUGUCCAACAUAUAGUCUUCAAGUGAAUCGAAAUAAAGAUGAUGACGACAAACGGAGUCCUGCAUGAGAACUCUACAAUCACAAACAUGACUAUGAAUGGAACUGCAUGUCCAGAAAAUCAUGGUUAUAAAUACAUGGUCUACUCCAUUGUGUACAGCGGUGUAUUCGUCGUUGGGUUGCUGUCAAACAUGCUGGCUCUGUUUGUGUUCUACCGCAUUGCGAAGAGUAAGAAUUCCAGCACAGUCUACCUGAUGAACCUCGCUAUCGCUGACCUCCUCUUUGUGCUCAGUCUUCCCCUGAGGAUUGUCUAUUAUCUAAGAGAAGGAGACUGGCCAUUCAGGGAUUUCCUGUGUCGAGUGUCCACCUACACUUUCUACGUCAGCAUGUAUUGCAGUAUAUUUUUCCUGACUUGCUUGAGCAUAUCUCGUUUUUUGUCCACAGUCCAUCACAUGAGGCAUCAAAGAAUUUUCACUUUCCGCCGGUGCGUCAUAGCAUGUGUUAUAAUCUGGCUCUUCGUGGGUGUAGCUGCAGCACCCUUCCUGUUGUCAGGGAGCGAAGCUCACAAUGGCAAAAUCAAGUGUUUUGAGCCUGUGAUCGCCAAGAGCUGGACUCGCAUUGCUAGGAUGAACUAUUUUGCACUGACUGUUGGAUUCCUUAUUCCCUUUACCAUCAUUCUCAUCUGCUACUCUUUGAUGAUAAAAUACUUAAUGGGGGUUAGUUGGCAGUCAAGACGAAUCAAGAGGGACAUAGCCAUGAUCGUGCUGGUUCUGUGUGUGUUUUUUAUCUGUUUCCUUCCCUACCACAUGCAAAGGACAGUGCAUUUGUAUUACCUGGUCCAUCACCACACUGACUGUGAACUGGAAAACAUUCUCCGCAAGUCAGUGGUGGCUACGCUAUGCCUGGCAGUGGCCAACAGCUGCUUUGACCCCCUGCUUUACAUUUUUGUGGGGCAAGGGUUCAGAACAUUUGUCAGGGCAUGGCUGAAGAGAAAGGAAUCUAACGUCUCGUACAGCUCCUCCAGUAGCAAGCUUUUCAUUAGCGCUGCAUUCAUCCAACAAGGACGGAUGCUGGAGUCAUCCGCAGAACCAAUAAAGCCAACCCUGACUCUGUUGUGUGAAGGAGAUGAACUGUUAAAUGAAAAACCUCAAGGAGACAAUAAGCUCUCAAGCAUAACAGAAAUCGGUGAUCACUUCAAGCGAAACAGCCCACAGUGACUUCUCGAAAGCCUCCCUUCUAGAUGAGGCUGGCUAGAUGAGGAGAGUUUUUUUUUGUCUCCUUGGCAGGUCAAUUGACUGGUAAAGGCUUUGUAUGAAAGGAGUUCCUUUCGAAGAAAAUAUGACAAAGUGUUUGAUGGUGACAGUCGGGAAAGUGGGAAUUUUCUAGCAUUUGCCACUUUGUCAAAACAGCAGUAAUUCCUGAACCGUUGAAGGGAGGUGUCAAGAAGAGUGGAGGAGGAACUGGAAGAGCUACAAUAUUCCUUGUAUCUUAUUGACUGAUUAUAGAACCACAAGACAGAGAGCAUGGUAGGGUGUGACUUUAAAAGGAAGGAAAACUAAGGUAGCUUGUUAAUCAUAUACAUUAGAACAUUUUAAAAUAUAUAAAACACAUUCAGUUCAGUCACUGAUUAUACCACUGGUGCCAACUAUUUUAAGAUUUACUUGAAAGAUAUCAUAAAGCAAGUAUGUUGAGAGUUAGACCUCUGACCUGAAGAAUUCCAAAAUGGCCCACUUCCUGUUCCUUGCACCCCAGAAAUAUUGGCUCCACCCACAGCACAGGCCAUGUCACCCAAAAUCACUCCCCUGUCCUGAAAUCCUAUAGACAAUAGCUCACAGACAGUGUUCCACAGAGAAUACUCCAUAGAAAAUACCUUUCGGGGAAUAUCCCAAAAGGGUAUCCCACCAUAGAUUCCCACAGAAAAUAUCCCAUACAAUGUACCCCAAAGUGAGUCAAUGAGUCAUACAGCAUGGAAACAGACCUUUUGGCCCAACCAGUCCAUGCUGAACGCAAUCCCAAAAUAAACUAAUCUCACCUGCCUGCUCCAGGCCCAAAUUCCUCCAAAUCUGUCCUAUCCAUGUACCUAUCCAAAUGUCUUUUAAACAUUGUAAUUGUACCUGCAUCUAUUUCCUCAGGAAGUUCAUUCCACAUGUGAACCACCUAACAGAGAGUGCCCCACGUAGACUGCCACAUGGAGAAUGUCCCACUGACUGUGCCCCUGCCCCACAAAGGGGUGCCCAGAGAGUGUCCCAUCGAAAGCAUCCAGCUAAGGUGGGCCCAACAUUCAAGACCAUGCAAGAAUCCAAAGUAGGAAAUCUGAAGUUGAAUGUGAUGUCUCCCUUUGCUGCAGUCUGAAUGUUCUUAAGUUUCAGUUUAACAAGAAAGUAUUUAAUCACUUGUUAUUGCUAAUAUUUGACAGAAUUCCUUUAUUGCUUUUAUGGGGCUCUCUCUGUCUGUGGGGUAUAAGCAUACAGAUCUCCAAGGUCGAUAUCUUAUUCCGCAGGGAUGCUGGAAAUUGCAGUUAGGACAGCAGUUGGAAGGAACCAAGUGUGUGUAGGCCACAAAGAACUGUUGCACCAAAUGGCCUGUUUCUGUGUAAUUAUAUAUGUUAUUCCAUGUGUUGCUAUCUAGAAGAAGCGCUAGUAAUUUAUCGACUCUCCAGACAUUGGGGAGAUUGAAUAUUUUAUAAAUGAAGGAUAAGGUGUUGGCUCAAUCCAAGAACAAGAGACAUGAGAAAGGAAAACUAGCUGCCAAAAACAUUAUCAGCACAGAAGGGGCAAGCAUAGUAAAAGCAUAUCUGUUUGUUGCACAAUUAACAUCCCCUCAUCUUUCUGGCAUCUGUGAACCAAUUAAUUUAUGUAUUGUUAAAUGCUUCAAACAUAACUGGAAGAGAUAUUAUUUUCUUUGAGACACAUUGUGUUAUUAUUUAAUCAUGUUGCAAAUUUGAACAAAGCUUGAUGCACUUUUUAAAAAAAGUUUUCUUGGACUACAGAAGUAUUUGCUUUGUAAGUGUGAUAUUUCCACAACUGUUGUUCCCUUGUAUAAUUCAGUGUACAUUUUGUUCUGUAUACUUAAUUAAAUGUUUACCUUCCCUGGUCA